CAGGGUGGAGAACAGUUCUUGAUAUAUGACUCGCUUGGUUCCGACUACUUGCUGCAUUCGCUGCGUUUCAAAUCUGUGGCCAGAUGUUGCCCUGCUUCCCUCUCAGCCAGCUGACGGUCUCUCCCCAAGGAUAUUGUUGCAUACUUAUCAGGUGUGCAUGGUGAAGCAGAAACUGCAGCCGCCUUGUAGGGAAAGAUUGGUGACGAGGCUGAAUUAGGCUGACUAGUAGCAAUAGAAGGAGCAGCGAUCUUUCACUGUGCAGGCUUGGUAUUGACUCUGUGACGUUGGAGUGCUUGCAAAUUUCUUCAAAUCAGAGCCCUCCAACCCUCCUUCUCCCACCUUCCCUGCACCCACCCCCACCUGUCAACGUCCCCACCACCCCGGCUCAUCAACACGACUUUUUGGUGGAUGUAAUGUCACUCGGCUGAUUGGGAAAAUGACCGGGAAUAAAAGGGCUUUCCUGCUGCUGUCGCUGACUCUGCUUCUGCUGAACCUUUGCCAAAACUGCAAAUCCAUCAGCAUUCCUCGUCAGUACAAUCUGCAAAAGAAAUUGCCAAAACCUCCAAAAGUCACCGAGCAGACUCCAGAGAACUACACAGUCUUCCCAACUGAUGACAUUGUGCUCAAAUGUGAAGCAACAGGUGAUCCUACACUCGUGUAUCGUUGGACAAAAGACGGGACAUUUUUCGAUCCUUCGCUGGAUCCCCGCGUGACAAUGAAUAAGACCUCGGGCACCAUGGUGAUCGCCACCUCCAACAACGGCGUUUCCUUCAGGGGCUACCAGGGGACGUACCGUUGCUACGUCAGCAACAACGGUGGCACCGCAAUCUCCUCCAACAUCAACCUCAAAACAGAGAGUACUCCUAAGUGGCCCAAGGAGAGGGUUCAGCAGUUAAGGAAAGAAGAGGGAGAGUCCUUGGUGUUGCAAUGCAACCCCCCCACCAGUAUGGCCUCCUCCAUGAUCAUCUGGAUGACGAGCAAACUGUUCAACAUAAAGCUGAGCGAACGGGUGUCACAGGGACUGGAUGGGAAUCUGUACUUCUCCAACCUGCUGGUGAACGACAGCCUGGAAGACUACACCUGCUAUGCUCAGAUCCCAGGAACCCGCACCAUCAUCCAGAAGGAGCCCAUUGCACUUGAAGUGACUACGUCAAACUCCGUGAAGUACCGUAAGCCACGGCUAUUGCAUCCCAAGGGUCACAGCAGCUUCAGGCUGGCUCUCCGAGGGCGCCCUCUCUACCUGGAGUGCUUCGCAGAGGGACUCCCGACUCCCACCGUGCACUGGGAGCGACUGGACGGGAACCUGCCAAGUGGCCGCAUCAGCUACGAGAACUUCAACAAGACUCUGAAGAUCCACAAUGUGGUGGAGGAUGAUGACGGAGAGUACCGGUGUGCUGUGAGGAACCGGCAGGGCCAGGUCAAGCACACCUACAGUGUGUCUGUGGAGGCUGCUCCCUACUGGGUGAAGGAGCCACAGGACGGUGUUUACGGCCCAGGGGAAAAUGUGCUGCUCGACUGCGACGUGGACGCAAAGCCGAAGGCUGAGAUCCGCUGGAGCGUGAACGGAGUGCCUCUGAACGAGACGGACCCCGACCCGCAGAGGAAGGUAUCAGGCAGCCGUGUCAUCCUGAUGGCAGUCAAGAAAGAGGACUCUGCCGUCUACCAGUGCGAGGCCGAGAACAAGCACGGCACACUGCUGGCCAACAUCAUCGUGCAGGUCGUCGAACUGCCCGCUCAGAUCCUCACCCCCUCCAACCACGAAUACCAUUUAGUGGAGAAGCAGACUGCGUACAUUCACUGCAAGGCCUUCGGGGCUCCCACCCCCAAAAUCCAGUGGAACAAGGAAGAAAUGCAGGCUGUUUUGCAGGAUGUUCGCUACUUCCUGUACACCAAUGGGACACUGAGAAUCCAAGACGUGCAGAAGGCGGACGAAGGCAUCUAUACCUGUAACGCCUCAAACAGAAUCGGCGAGGACAGCCUGCUGGCCACUCUGUUUGUUAAAAAUGCGAGCCAGAUCGUCGAGCCUCCGAGAGAACAGCACAUUCAGCGGCUGCACGCGGUGACCUUCCGGUGUCUGGUGGAGGUGGACCCUUCGCUGUAUCCUCCCGAGCUGCAGUGGAAGAAGGAUGGGGAGCCCAUUGACGAGGCUGCCGACGACGAGAGCAAGUAUCACAUCCGAGAAGGCCUCCUGAAGGUCAAAAACGUCAGCUACGAAGACGAGGGGAUUUACACGUGUGUGGCCCAGACCAGCCUGGACUCAGUGACGGCGAGUGCGCAGCUCAUUGUGGUCGAUCGCCCGGACCCACCCUUUGACCUGCAGAUGGAAAACUUCAAAGCCAGGGAGGUGCUGCUGUCCUGGAGCCCGGGAAAUGAUCACAACAGUCCCAUUGAGGAAUUCAUCGUCGAGUUUGAGGAGAACAACUUUGAACCGGGCACGUGGCACAAGCUGAGGCAAGUGGACGGCGACCAGCUGGCAGCAGUGCUGGAGCUCUCUCCUCACGUCAAUUACAGCUUCAGGGUCAUUUCCGCCAACCGCUUUGGGAGGAGUGACCCCAGCGAGGCCACAGACCGCUACAUGACCCCGUCGGCAGCCCCAGACAAGAAUCCAGAGGGAGUGAAAGGAGAGGGAUCUCUUCCCAGUAACAUGAUCAUCUCGUGGCAGGUUCUGAAGGGGCUGGACCAGAACGCUCCUGGCCUUCAGUACAUUGUGAAGUGGCGACGGCUGGGCGUGGAGGACGAGUGGAAGGAGCUCGUGGUGGACAGCCCUCCCUACGUGGUCAACUCCACCCCCACCUUUGUGCCCUACCAGAUACAAGUGCAAGCCUUCAACCAGGAAGGGGCGGCUCCAGAGCCCAACACUGUCAUCGGCUACUCGGGCGAAGACUAUCCCCUGGAGAGCCCUGAGUCGGUGUCCGUGGAGAACAUAAGCUCAUCAUCUGUCAGAGUAAAGUGGACUCGAGUCACUGCAGAGUCGCUUCGUGGGCACCUUAAGGGGUAUAAGAUCAGCUACUGGAAACAUCACAGUGCGGAGCAUCACCACCAGACCGUCCAUGGGGACCACAACCACGCUUUCCUCGAGGACCUCAAGCCAUAUACCAAGUACAACCUUGUGGUGAAGGUGUUCAACAGCAAGGGAGAGUCACCUGACGCCAAACCUCCCUACCAGUUCACCACCCUCGAGGGAGUUCCCAGUAAGCCAACGUGGUUGCGCCUGAAAUUACUGAAGGACACUGAGGUUGUCGUUUCAUGGAGCCCGCCCCAGCAUCCCAAUGGGAUCCUCACUGGAUAUGUGUUGCAAUAUGAGCAGAUUAACGGGAUGGUGAGCAGCCCCCUGAGAGAGCAGAUCAUACCGUCCCCCACCACCACCAAUGUGACUGUGCACGACCUCCAGCCGAACGCCUUCUACAAGUUCCACGUUAUGGGACAAACCUCGGUGGGCAGGGGCAUGACUGCCGAAGGGGGUAUUUUCACCAGCCAGAAGGGAGGGCCCAGAGUGCUGAAUAACAUCAGCUACGCCGUGGGUCACACACACACCAACAUCAGUUGGAUCGGGGUGGAGGGACACCGGGUCACAGAGCUCCAAGUUCAGUACAUGAGCAAAGAUGGUGAGGGUGGUUGGAAGGUCUCAAAACCAGUGAACUCCACUCAGAACUUCUUCAUGCUGGACGGUCUGCAGCCAGGGACGUCCUAUCGCAUAAAGCUGUGGCAGCUCGGGCAGUUCGAGAACCUCACUGUUUGGGACAAGGAGGUGGAGACCAUCAGGCCAAUAGUCAAGGCCAACAAUGGGAUCGCCACCCAGGGCUGGUUCAUCGGCCUGAUCAGUGCCGUCGUCCUUCUCAUGCUCAUCCUGCUCAUCGUCUGCUUCAUCAAGAGAAACAAAGGAGGCAAGUACUCAGUGAAGGAUAAGGAGGAUGCCCACGUCGACUCGGAGGCCAGGCCCAUGAAGGACGAGACCUUCGGUGAAUAUAGUGACAACGACCAGGAAGAGAAGCCCUUCGACGGGAGCCAGCCCUCGCUGGACGAGCAGAUCAAGCCUCUGGGCAGCGACGACAGUCUGGUGAACUACGGGGAGAGCGUGGACGUGCAGUUCAACGAGGACGGCUCCUUCAUCGGGCAGUACAGUGGCAAGAAGGAGGACAAGGAAGCAGCCGGGAGCUCAGGAGGAGGCUCCCCGCUCAACGUUGACAUGUUGGAUUAGGAGA